AUGGAGGAACAACACAGGUGCCGAAAUUUGCGGGUCGAGCAAAUAUUAGAUUUAGUGAACGAUUCAGAGUUCGAUUUCUCGUGGAUGACUCCGAAGAUGACCCCACAUAUAAAAGAAACCAGAAUCGUAAUUGUUCAAGUUCACCUUCUGACGAAUUUAGCGAAAAUCAAGAUUUCUCAGAGCCAGAACGCACUGAGUCUCCAAAUAUACCAAUUCCUUCUCGUUCAUCCUCAAUUUUGGGGCGUGGGAGAGCUUCUAGAUCACGUAUCAGAGGUUCUUUGCGAGGACGAGGUGGACGAAGUAGAGGUAAAUAAGGUAGAGGCAAAAGACCAGCUACAGGCUCCCGAAACUUAA